AUGGGUGAGCUCUACUACAAUCAAUGUUCUGCAGCUAUUCCAGGAAUCCAUGCCACAUAUGCUGCUCUUUUAAGACUCAGAUCUGCCAGUUCAUCUUACUCCUCCUCUGCCAUUAACACAAAGAACAGGCAACGACCAAGUUAUCCUGCCAUGGGAAGCAUCUCCUCUCCAGAUUGGCAUGGAUCAUUGCAGCCCCAUUACCCACCAACAAACCCCGAGCCAUUCUCAGAGGCCUUCAAACAGGAGGAGGGUGUCGAUUAUGGGCCGAUGUUUAUUCAAGAACCUGACCAUGUGAUCUUUCCCAUGGACUCAGAGGAGAAGAAAGUGUCUCUCAAUUGUCAAGCCAGAGGAAAUCCUGCCCCAACGUACAGGUGGCUCCAGAAUGGAACCGAGUUAGACAUAGAAAGUGAUUACCGCUACAGUGUAAUAGAAGGAAGCCUUAUUAUCAACAAUCCCAAUGAAUUAAAAGAUGCUGGGCAAUACCAGUGUUUUACCACCAAUGUCUAUGGUAGCAUUUUGAGCAGGGAAGCAACACUUCAAUUUGCAUAUCUGGGGAAUUUCAGCGGACGGACAAGAAGUGCUGUGUCAGUGAGAGAAGGUCAAGGUGUGGUACUAAUAUGCUCUCCUCCACUUCACUCACCAGAGAUCAUCUACAGCUGGGUAUUUAAUGCAUUCCCCUCCUUUGUGGCAGAAGACAGCAGGCGUUUCAUCUCCCAGGAGACAGGCAACCUCUAUAUAUCCAAAGUGCAACCAUCGGAUGUUGGAAGCUAUAUCUGCCUCGUGAAGAACACAGUGACAAAUGCCAGGGUCCUUAGUCCUCCAACUCCAUUAACACUUCGAACUGAUGGAGUGAUGGGAGAAUAUGAACCAAAAAUUGAGAUCCAUUUUCCAUUCACAGUUACAGCUGCUAAGGGAUCUACUGUUAGGAUGGAAUGCUUUGCACUGGGCAACCCAGUUCCAAUAAUCUCAUGGAGGAAAGUUAAUGGCCCCAAUCCGAGCAAAGCUCGCCUGCGGAAGUCCCAAGCAGUGCUCGAAAUCCCAAACGUGCAGCUUGAAGAUGCAGGGACAUAUGAAUGCAAAGCUGAGAACUCUCGGGGAAGGAAUGUCUUCCGAGGACAGUUGCAAAUAUACACAUAUCCACACUGGACAGAGAGGCUGAACGAUACCCAGUUAGACAGUGGGGAUCAACUUCACUGGGAGUGUAGAGCUUCUGGAAAGCCAAGGCCAACUUAUCGCUGGCUCAAAAAUGGGAAUACUCUACGGUCAGAGAGCAGGAUUGAGAUGGUUAAUGGUGUACUGAUGAUCCACAGUGUUAAUCAGUCAGAUGCUGGAAUGUAUCAGUGCGUAGCAGAAAACAAGCAUGGAGCCAUCUAUGCCGGUGCUGAACUGAAGAUUUUAGCUUCUGCUCCAACUUUUCCCCUGAGUCAACUGAAGAAGACCAUUAUUAUUACCAAAGGCCAAGAAGUCACUGUGGACUGCAAACCACAAGCUUCUCCCAAACCAACCAUUGGGUGGAAGAAAGGAGAAAAAAAUGUGCGAGAAAAUAAAAGGGUAACUGUUCUUUCAGAUGGAAGCCUGCAAAUUCUGAAUGCCUCCAAAUCUGAUGAGGGGGAAUACAUAUGCCGAGGAGAAAAUAUAUUUGGUUCAGCAGAAAUUACAGCUUCAGUAUUUGUGAAAGGUGAGAUAUAUCACCGGAUUCAUCUGCAUAGGUUUGCACCAGGUAAAGUUGAGUACUCCAACAAAACUCCAACAAAACAAGCAUCUUCUGCAGAUUUAAUGAUCAGGAACAUCCUUCUGAUGCAUGCUGGAAGAUAUGGCUGCAGGGUGCAAUCUACAGCAGACAGCAUAUCAGAUGAGGCAGAACUUCUUGUUAGGGGUCCACCUGGGCCUCCUGGGGUUGUCAUUGUUGAAGAAAUCACAGAGGUCACUGCCACUCUUUCAUGGACACCCGGAGCAGACAACCACAGUCCUAUCACUUCUUACAACUUACAAGCACGAAGUCCAUUUUCACUUGGCUGGCAGACUGUGAAAACAGUUCCUGAACACAUAGGGGGUGACCUGGAAUCUGCAACAGCAAUUGAACUGAACCCAUGGGUAGAGUAUGAAUUUAGAGUUGUAGCAACUAACAAAAUUGGAACAGGAGAUCCAAGCACACCGUCGAAAGUGAUCCGAACCAAAGAAGCAGUGCCAAAGACAGCUCCCGGUAAUGUAAGUGGCAGAAGUGGAAGGCGGCAUGAAUUAGUAAUAGCCUGGGAGCCAGUCUCCGAAGAAUUUCAGAAUGGGGAAAGCUUUGGAUAUAUUGUGGCUUUUCGACCAAAUGGGACAAGAGGCUGGAAAGAAAAAAUGGUCACGUCUUCUGAUGCCUCCAAGUUCAUCUACAGAGAUGAAAGCGUGCCUCCCUUGACUCCAUUUGAGGUGAAAGUUGGAGCAUAUAACAACAAAGGCGAUGGACCCUUCAGCCCAAUUGUUGUGAUCAGUUCUGCUGAGGGAGAACCGAGUGCAGCCCCUACUGAUGUCAAGGCUACAGGACUGUCAGUAUCAGAGAUUCUUGUUGCGUGGAGUCACAACAAAGAUAGCCUGGGAAGGCCCCAGGGAUUUGAGGUUGGCUACUGGAAAGAUAUGGAACAAGAAGAAGCAUCAGAGAAGGCCAGGUCAGAAGGCAAUGAGUCCUCCGUCAUCCUCACAGGGCUAGAAGGCAACACCCUGUACCACCUGAGAGUGAAGGCAUACAACUCAGCAGGCUAUGGACCACCAAGCAACACCGUCCAUGUGGCCACUAAGAAAUCUCCACCUAGUCAAGCACCGAACAUUAUGUGGGUUCAAGAUGGUUCCCAUGUUUCCCUCGGAUGGGAGCCUGUAAAGCCUUUAGCUAAUGAGUCAGAUGUCAUGGGAUACAAGGUCCUGUUUAGGCAAGAAGGACACAGCAACAGCCAAGUAAUUGAAACACAGAAAACAUCUGCAGUGGUGCUUCUCCCUGAUGUAGGUGUCUACAUCAUAGAAGUCUGCGCAGUGAGCGAAGGAGGAGAUGGCACACCAAGCAGCCAAAUCAGGAUACCAUCCUUUUCAGGUGGAAAAGUCACAAAUUCUCAAUCCAGGCUAAAUGCUUUUACCACUUCUUCAUCAACUGUAACAUUUCUACUGGUAUUGAUGGUCCCUUCAACGUCAUGGUGA